AUGUCAUCUUUGUAUCUGUCCAGACUCAAGCUCCAGGGACCCCUGAUAAAUCCUCCCAAUGGCACCACCCCGAUGUCCGAGUUCAUCCUGCUGGGUUUCCCCUCCCUGGGCCAGCUGAGCCACACUCUCCUCUGUGCCCUUCUCUCCAUCGCCUAUACCGGGACACUAGCAAGCAAUCUGUGCAUUUUGUGGGAUGUGCUGCAGGACCCCCACCUCCAACAUCUGCCUAUGUACAUACUGCUGGGAAACUUCUCCUGGCUGGAGAUCUGCUAUGUCACAGCCACGGUGCCAUGGAUGCUCUCAGAUCUGGUGUCCCCUGGCAUCCCCGUCUCCUUCCAGGCCUGCUUCAUGCAGUUCUACUUCACCUUCUCCAUGGGAGCCACCGAAUGCUUUUUCCUUCUGGCCAUGGCCUUCGAUAGGUACCUGGCCAUCUGCCACCCCCUGCACUAUCGCGUCCUCAUGUGCCCCAAACGUUGCUGGGCCCUAGUAGCCUCCUGCUGGCUCUCUGGCUUCCUGUGGUUCAUAGUGCCUGUUGCCCUCAUCUCCCAGCUACUAGUAACUUUCACAGUCCCCCCUCAGGGCCUGACAAGCCCAGAUUGUCAGGCCCGUUACGUAAUUUAUGAUCAAUCUGAAGAGACAGGGUUGUGA